CUGUCUUUUUUUUUGCGACCAACGCGCCACACGCGGCUGUUUACCUAGACUAAAACACCUAAUCUGGCCGAAUCUCACUUUCUAUCUCUAACAACCCUUGCGUCCUCUUCAGCUGUUAUCCCACUAACAAGACCCUCACUACCACUACUGUGUGCGCCCGCCAACGUCAACCAUGCCCCGCCGCGCUCCCUCAACCAACACCCCCACUUCCGAUACAACCACCACCACAGCGUCUCCAGCGAAGGUCCGGUGGCCAGCCACAUUCACAGAUGGCUUGCCGCUUCCAAAAAUAGUCGUCUUCGACCUCGAUUACACUCUCUGGCCCUUUUGGGUCGACACGCACGUUACCGCCCCGCUUAAGCCUACCGAAGGCGGCUUAAAAGCAAAGGACCGAUAUGGCGAGGGCUUCGGCUUCUACAGUGAUGUCGGGGGUAUCCUAGAAGCAGUACGAUCGCCCCAAAUCCCCUAUCUGAUCACAUCGACAACUAACUAAGCUGCUAUAGCUCAAAGCCAAGAAUAUUCUCAUCGGCGCUGCCUCUCGCACCUGUGCACCAGAUCUCGGU